AUGGCCCACGGCGGUGGUGACCGACCACUUCCCCAUCGCACACGCGCAACGACGGCUAAACGGAUUUGUCGGCAUCGGUCGCGGUUAUGCGCUGAACAGGCUCUUCGAAUACACGAACGAGCUGUUCCACACAAAGGCGGUGCAGGUGGUCUUCUUUUACACCGCCGGACCCCGCAAUCCGGCAUACCACUGCUCGCACAACUUUGGGGUAGACAGGGGAACCCCGUUAAUUACUUCACAUCCGGCGGACGACUGCCUCGUUCCGUUGUUGGGAACCACGUACGGUCCGAUCUGCAAAGGACGAAGCGAAGCACACGUGACCUUUGCAGGCGUGGGGAACGAUAUGGACGUGGAGGAUGA